AUGAUGGGCUCCGUGCUCCCGGCCGAAGCCCUGGUGCUCAAAACGGGGCUGAAGGCGCCAGGGCUGGCACUGGCCGAGGUCAUCACCUCCGACAUCCUGCACAGCUUCCUGUACGGACGAUGGCGCAACGUGCUGGGCGAGCAGCUGCUCGAGGACAAGAGCCACCACGCCAGCCCCAAGACGGCCUUCACCGCCGAGGUCCUGGCGCAGUCCUUCUCGGGAGAAGUACAGAAGCUGUCCAGCUUGGUGCUGCCUGUGGAGGUGAUCAUCGCUCAGAGUUCCAUCCCUGGCGAGGGCCUUGGCAUCUUCUCCAAGACUUGGAUCAAGGCGGGCACGGAGAUGGGCCCCUUCACUGGCCGGGUCAUUGCCCCAGAGCACGUGGAUAUCUGCAAAAACAACAACCUGAUGUGGGAGGUGUUCAAUGAGGAUGGCACAGUCCGCUACUUCAUUGAUGCUAGUCAGGAGGACCACCGAAGCUGGAUGACCUACAUCAAGUGUGCACGGAACGAGCAGGAGCAGAACCUGGAGGUGGUCCAGAUCGGCACCAGCAUCUUCUACAAGGCCAUUGAGAUGAUCCCUCCGGACCAGGAACUGCUGGUGUGGUAUGGAAACUCACACAACACCUUCCUUGGCAUCCCGGGUGUGCCAGGGCUGGAAGAGGAGCAAAAGAAAAACAAGCAUGAGGACUUCCACCCCGCGGACGCGGCGGCGGGGACCGCGGGACGCAUGCGCUGCGUCAUCUGCCACCGCGGCUUCAACUCGCGCAGCAACCUGCGCUCGCACAUGCGCAUCCACACGCUGGACAAGCCCUUCGUGUGCCGCUUCUGCAACCGCCGCUUCAGCCAGUCGUCCACGCUGCGCAACCACGUGCGCCUGCACACGGGCGAGCGCCCUUACAAGUGCCAGGUGUGCCAGAGCGCCUACUCGCAGCUGGCCGGCCUGCGCGCGCACCAGAAGAGCGCGCGCCACCGGCCGCCCAGCGCCGCGCUGCAGGCGCACUCGCCCGCGCUGCCCGCGCCCCACGCGCACGCGCCCGCGCUCGCCGCCGCCGCCGCCGCCGCUGCCGCCGCCGCCGCCGCCGCCACGCACCACCUGCCCGCCAUGGUGCUGUGA